GCCAUGCUAAGCAGGGGGCGGGGCUCCGGCCGGCUCCGGGCCGGGUCGGGCCGGGCAUGGCCGGGCUGGGCGCCCCGCGGCUCCUGGACUGGGCCAGCUCCCCGCCGCACCUGCAGUUCAACCGCUUCGUGCUCACGGGCUACCGGCCGGCCAGCUCCGGGCCCGGCUGCCUGCGCAGCCUCUUCUACCUGCACAACGAGCUGGGCAACAUCUACACGCACGGCAUCCCACUGCUGGGCUUCCUCGUGCUGGUGCCUCUGAGUAUCCCGUGGGGGCGGCUGUCAGCGGCCUGGCUGGGGGCCGUGCACUACCUGGCCUGCAUCUCGCCCCAGCUGGGCAGCGUCCUCUACCACCUUUUCAUGAACCAUGAGGGCGGCCCGGCUGUCUACCACACCCUGCUCACCCUUGACAUGUGCGGCGUCUGCCUCGUCAACACCCUUGGGGCCCUGCCCAUCAUCUAUUGCACGCUGGCGUGCCGCCCGCUGCCGCGCAGUGCUGCCCUGCUGGCCUACUCGGGGCUGUCAAGCUACGCGCUGCUGUGCGCCGUGACGGCCCGCUCCAACGUGCGGCGCCUGCGGUCCUUUGCCUGGCAGGCCCUCUUCCGCUUCUUCUUCUUCUACCUGCGCUGGGCCGGGCUGGGCACUGGGCACCCAUCCUCGCUGCGCUCCUAUCUGAUCAUGGACGGGCUGGCCCUCCUGGGGGGCGUCAUCAACAUCUCCCGGAUACCCGAGCGGUGGCGCCCAGGUCACUUUGACUACUGGUUCAACAGCCACCAGAUCAUGCACGUGCUGGUGGUGGUGAGCAUCCUGCACCUCCACUGGGGGGUGGUGGCUGACCUGCGGUGGCUCACCAGCUACGUGUGCCCCCAGAACUGAGGCGGGCUCCCAUUGGCUGAGUGCUGGUGGGCAGAGGUCUUCAGGAUGGCUGGAUCAGCUCCUGUUGGCCAAGGAUUCUUCAGGCUCAGAUCCCAUUUGCCAGGAAUGUCUUCAGGAUGGGCAACAGUAGAGCCCCAUUGUUCAAAGGGUCCUGGAGGUCAACUCCUGCUGGCUGAAGGGAUCUUCAGGAUCAGCUCCUAGUGGCCAAAAGUUUUUCAGCAUCAACUCCUGUUGGCCAAGAAUGUCCUCCUGAUGGCCAGCAAUGGACUCCCAUUGGCCAAAGGAUCUUCAGGAUCAACUCCCAUUGGCCAAGAAUGUCUCCCUGAUGGCCAGCAAUGCACUCCCAUUGGCCAAAAGGUCUUCAGGAUCAACUCCCAUUGGCCAAGAAUGUCUCCCUGAUGGCCAGCAAUGCACUCCCAUUGGCCAAAAGGUCUUCAGGAUCAACUCCCAUUG